AUGGCCGCAAUAGAGUGCUUUUCUUUUGGUAUUCCAGCAGCUGAGCAAGCUACAAUGCGUUUUCUCAACUUAGCCGCGGUCCUCGCAGUCGCAGCCUCGGGUGCCCAGGCCCUGGCAGUUGCCCGCGAUGGCCUAGACAGCCGAGAGGUCCACAUCAACUCCCGCCGCGAUGCAGCCAAUCUCAAGCUCAUGGCUCGCACGAACGACGGAGAGGAGGCUUUCGGCCUCCCAACCCCCGUCCCGCCUGUACAGACGGGUGGCGGCUCGGCUGCACCGGCCAGUCGCAGGGAGAAGUUCCGCGCAACGAUUGCUGAUCACAAGCGAAAAUUGGCCACCAAGUGGCCCGACCAAUACAACCGAUGCAAAUGUAUCGCGGACAGCGUGGGCAAGGCUCUCGACCAGUGCAAGUGCGCCGCACAGGAAUUUAUUGAAAAGCACUCGCAAAAGCCGAAUGCCGCCGCCGCCGCCGCGGGCGACGCAGGUGCAAGCGCAGAACCGAAGCCCAAGUUAUUGGACCAGUGCAAAACCUACUUCAAUCAUUAUGGCCAAGUUGCAAAGGACCAGGCGUGCAAGCUGAAGGAUAUGGCCCUCGAGAGACUCCCUGGGCGGCGCAAGCCCACCGAACAAGGUUCUUCUGUCAUACACUCAACCCCCAUUGUAAACACCCAGGCGACCCGCGUACAAAAGCGAGAGCCCUCCGAUGGAACCAAGGCACCCGGGGAGGCCGUGAAGCCGAUUCCAAGGACCAAAAACAGCUCAAACCUGGUCAAGUACUUUGAGGACGGAUGCAAUGCCGUCGCGCAAAAGCUGACACAGGGCGGGUGUGCCUUGGGUGCUACUGGCAACGCUCACUCAUACCAGCGACUCCCGAAAGAUGCCCCCCUCAUGCCAUCCAACAGCCCAUCGGGCUCACCAGCCAACAGCCCAUCGGGCUCACCAGCCAACAGCCCACCGGGCUCACCAACCCACCGUUAUCAGUCGCUGCCGCAGGAGGACCCUGACUCGCCGAGGAAGCAUUCCAAGAGGUCCAACCAUGGCGCUUACGCCGCCCAACCCGCCCAGUUGCCGGAUCCUGCAAAGCGUCCCGGAUAUGACAGUGCCUCAAACGCUCACAAGAAAAUGUUUCGAGAUAUGACGACCACUGCCAAGGGCCUCCUGCGCAAAAUGUGGCCCAACAAGGCGCCGCACGGCCAGACGCAGCCGCCCCGAUCUACAGCAUGA